AUGGCGGACGAAAUGGACGUCGACGCCUCGCCUCCCUCGGCCCCAAAACCUGCCGCGCCUCGCCGCAUCCAGGCCUUAUCGCAAGACGUUGUUAACAAGAUCGCCGCCGGGGAAAUCAUCGUCGCCCCGGUUCAUGCGCUGAAAGAGCUCAUUGAGAAUGCCGUCGAUGCUGGCUCCACUGGCUUGGAAAUUCUCGUCAAGGAUGGCGGGCUCAAGCUUCUCCAGAUCACCGACAACGGCCAUGGUAUUGACCGCGAUGAUCUGCCCAUCCUCUGCGAACGAUUCACAACCUCAAAACUCAAGGCCUUCGAGGACCUGACCUCCAUCGGCACCUACGGCUUCCGCGGAGAAGCUCUGGCGAGUAUCAGUCACAUAGCCCAUUUGACCGUGACCACUCGUGUCAAGGAAUCCAGUUGUGCGUGGAAGGCGCAUUAUGCCGACGGAAAGCUGGUUCCCCCCAAACCAAACCAGGGCCCCGACCCAAAGCCCUGUGCCGGUCGUCAGGGCACCCAGAUCACGGUAGAAGAUUUGUUCUACAAUGUUCCCACGCGUCGGCGUGCCUUUCGCUCUGCAAGCGAAGAAUACGCCAAAAUUCUCGACGUGGUCGGCCGCUACGCCGUGCAUUGCUUCGGCGUUUCCUUCUCUUGCAAGAAACACGGCGACUCGUCCAUGGGUAUAUCCGUCCCGGCGAACGCAACCAUUGUCGAUCGCAUACGCCAGGUCCAGGGCAACGCUGUGGCCAACGAGCUGAUCGAGCUUCAUCCCAGUAAUGACCGUUGGGGUUUCAAAGCUGACGCUUGGGUGAGCAAUGCCAACUACAGCGUGAAGCGAACUACCUUGCUCCUCUUCAUCAACCACCGAGCAGUGGAGUCCUCAGCAAUCAAAAAGGCAGUCGAGCAGACUUACAACACCUUCCUUCCCAAAGGCGGCCACCCUUUUGUUUACCUCAGUCUUGAGAUUGAUCCUCAGCGUGUCGAUGUCAACGUGCAUCCGACAAAGCGUGAAGUCAAUUUCCUGAAUGAGGACGAAAUCGUCGACAUCAUUUGCGACGAGAUUCGUUCGAGCCUCGGCAAAGUGGACACCAGUCGCACCUUCAUGACCCAGAGCUUACUGCCCGGCGCAAAGGUCCCAACCAUUCAGGCCAAUGACACUCCCUCGAGAUCUUCUACCGCAAGCCGUUCAGAGGAGCCGGCAUCCUCACGACGGACCCCUCAGCAGAAAGGAUCCACCCAGAAGCCGUACGAAAACAGCCUUGUUCGCACGGAUUCUCGCGUACAGAAGAUUACCACCAUGUUCCUGCCCGGGCCCUUGCCCGCUGCAUCAGCCAAGGCUUCUGAGAAGGGCGGCCGGGAAGAAAUGGAAUAUGAGAUAUCGGACAAAGAGCCAACCAUCUGUCGUCUAACAACCGUCAAGGAACUCCGAGCUGAGGUGCGGGAGAACAUGCACAACGAGCUCACUGACGUGUUUGCAAGUCAUACUUUUGUUGGUGUGGUCGACGAGCGGAGACGCAUUGCAGCUGUCCAAGGUGGCGUCAAGCUAUUCCUCAUCGACUACGGCAUGGUAUGCAAUGAGUAUUUCUACCAGGUCGGCCUCACAGACUUUGGCAAUUUUGGUGCCAUCCGAUUCGAUCCCCCUCUCAGCUUGGAUGAGCUUCUAACAGUUGCUGCGACGCAUGAAAAGAACAUCGCUGAUGUCGAAGAAGACUUUGACUGGGAGGAUGCCGUGCUAGCCGUCAAGGAGCAAUUGCUCAGCCGUAAGGAUAUGCUUGCAGAAUACUUCUCGCUCGAGAUCUCCGAGGACGGUGACCUCGUAUCCAUACCGUUGCUCAUCAAAGGCUAUACUCCAAGUUUGGCGAAACUGCCCCAAUUCCUCCUCCGUCUGGGACCGCACGUCAAUUGGCUCGAGGAAAAGGGUUGCUUCCGAACGUUCCUCAGGGAGCUAGCAUCUUUCUACGUCCCCGAGGCUUUGCCAGUGCCGCCAACACAAACGACCACUGAAGGCGGACAAGCAGUAGAAGAGUCAACACCCCAUGAUGAUCCGGAAGUAGAGGCCAGACGCAGGCAUGUCGAGCGUGCCAUUGAGCAUAUCCUCUUCCCCGCAUUCAGAAGCCGGCUAGUUGCCACGAAGGGCUUGCUCAGAGGCGUGGUUGAGGUGGCCAAUCUCAAAGGUCUCUACCGUGUGUUCGAACGUUGCUGA